GUAAUCAGUGUAUGUCGGUUGUUUGUGGUUGUUUGUAAACCAUUCUAGUGCAUUGUAAGAUGUUGUAAACUAAGAAUCCAGGAUGGGUAUUAAAGGAUUAACUAAAUUCAUAAGCAAUCGUUCAGAUCAUUACCUAGAAUAUUACGAAUUACAUGAUACGUAUUUGGUAAUUGAUGGUAACAGUAUUUGCUGUCAACUAUAUAUUUCGUAUGCGAACUGUAAUUGCGUUUUUGGUGGCGAUUAUGAUAAGUAUGCACAAUGUGUAUCAGAUUUUUUUGAUAAUCUGUUAAAAUGUAACAUAACGCCAUUGGUUUUAUUUGAUGGGGCUUAUGAGAAUAAGAAAAUGAAAACUAUUAUAUCUAGAACUAGGCAAUGGAUCCAUACAGCAUCAUCUUUUUGCCCCCUCAGUCAACGGAGAAUAAAAUUUUUCCCUCUAUUUUUAUGGAAAGUUUUCAAAAAUGUUUUGAAAGAAAAAAAUAUUCGUUACAUGCAAUGUUUAUUUGAGGCUGAUAAUGCUAUAGCCUCAGUGGCAAAAAUUUUAAAUUGUCCUGUACUCAGCUAUGAUUCUGACUUCUAUAUAUAUGGAUCAUUAUAUAUACCAUUUAAUACAUUCGAUAAUUAUGCAACCAAAAGUGGAAUAGGAAAAGGCUAUGUGAUAUGCUGUAAAAUUUAUAGAACUGAGCGCUUAUUGAAUUCUUUUAAAGGUUUAGAUGAAUCGAUGUUACCACUGGCAGCGAUACUCUUGGGUAACGAUUAUGUAAACCGUUGUACAUUUAGAAACUUCUUUUGUCAUUUAAAACUACAUGGAGUAUCAAGGAGUACACAUAAUAUCCAACAACGUCGUAUAGAAAAAACCUUCAUUUGGUUAAGCAAAUAUACAUUGGACAAAGCUGUUGCUGGAAUUUUAAGUACAUUAGAUAAACCUAUACGACAAAGAGUACUGCACUUAAUAGAGACUAAUAUAAACAGUUACACAAAUGCAUCUACUGAAAUACUUACUCCAUUAGGUUUCUCAAAAGACUAUGUUGCCCAAGUAAAUAGCCAUCAUUUAAAUAGAAUUUUCAAAUAUGAUGGCGAUAUUGAUAGCUUAACAUAUAUAGAAGAAAUUGGUGAAAAAGAUGGCAUUGACACAAGUGAAGAAGAGGAAGAAGAAAUUGAAAUAAUGAAUGAGUCUGAAUCAAUGUCCAGUAAUGCACUUGUUAGUAAUUUACCUGUAUGGUUUAUAAAUGAAUUUCUAAUGGCUGAACAAGAGCCAUAUUUACUGGACAUAAUAAUUCGAGGUUUAUAUAUUUGUCCUGUACAAAUAGAGGAUUACAAUUAUUCUUCGAGCAUUAUGAUAUGUUCAAGAAUUAUUAACGUUAUAUUUGCACUUCUAAAAUCAGCAGUAAACGAUGAAGUACGUCAUAUGAGCUAUAUGACCAGAGAUGAAAAUGGAGGCAAUUUAAUGACACAUUUUGUAUUAGAAUGUACAGGAAGUAUAGUUUCUUGUGCACUUCCAUCUUUGGCUAAUCUAAGAGAAGUUCCAUUAACUAUUAGAAGAAAGAUUUUAAAUGAUACAUUAGAAGUUGCAGAUAUGAAACAUAUAAAUGAAUUUCCAUCAGAAUGGAUAUUAUAUAUAAUGUGUAUAAAAUAUUGGAUGAAGCACCUUGAUCCUUCCAGAUUAUUUAAUAGUUGUACAUACUCCCUUUAUGUCUGUAUGUUAUUUCAUAUAAUAGACAUAAAAAUAGGGAAAUAUAGAGAUUUACACGAUUUUCAAUGUAAAUAUAGUAAAAGACUUCAGGCUAUAGAAGAGAAAAGAAAAGCAAAUGGUUAUAAACCAAAUUAUUCAAUGAAUGUUUCAAUUACUAAAGCCCUUAAUGGAGUCAAUCCUGAUGAUUGUAUACUGGCAACACCUUUUUUCAUUUCUCAUUUUAAAAUGGAUACAAAAUUAUAUUCAAAUCCAAAGAAAUUUAAUAAAUUUAUAGUUCACAAAUUUGCAGAGUUUCAAAAUUGUUUAAAAUUCGGUAUGAAUUUGAAUACACUUUUAGGAGAGCCUUAUCCACCGACUAAUAUUGCCAAUUUAUAUAAUGGUACCUUACUAUACAAUUUAUCUACUAAUUUUCAAGGGAGGGAUGAUAUUGAAAGAUAUAUAAAUACUGUGUUUCAUAAAUCACCAAGCCUUUUAAGAGUCUUUAAUAUAUUUUUGGUGAAAAUAAAACAGGAAGCUAAAUCUCACAGAAAGCACAGAAAGCACAGAAAGCAUAAACAGUCCAAAAUGAAAUCAAAACUUGGAUAAAGAUGAUUCGGAGUACUAUAUCACUGAGGAAGACUUAGAUGAAACGGAAUUUCAUGAUCCAAAUAAUUGAUUUUGUUCAUUUACUUUAAACUAAAUACUUUUUGUAAACUAAAUAUUUUACUGUAAAUACUUUUUAUAUUUUAUAUAAAAGUUGAAACCCUACGAGUUGUAUGUAUAUGCAUAUGUAAUGUAACAAUGCGAGUGUAAAGUAGGAAUAACUUAAAGAUCUAUCUGUGUACAAAUUUGCAUUCGAGUUAUUUCAUUUUAUCAUACUAUUUCUGUUUCUUCUUGGAAAUAGAACGAUUUCGCUUUUGAGUUUUGCUUCGUGAAGCACUUGCUCUAGGAUACUGGAAAGAAUGUAUAAUUAAUUUCCAUAAUCAUAACAAACUCAGGUGUGAGUGCGAAAAGUGGUAGAAAAAGGAUUGGUAAAGCAGAGACGAACUGUACUUUGUAAAUGCACAUCUAACUUUACCUCGGGGUGUCUGGGACCCUUAAAGUCAUGAUCUCCCGAGAAGAAAGUCAUUUCCAGUCCUUUUGUAUCUUUAGUCACUGAUAAUACAAACACGAAGUCCUUUGAGUAAAAUCGUAUGAAUGAUACUAUAUAUUCUCUAAACUAUAGUUCUUUAAAAGCGUGUGCAUGAAGAUAUAAUAUGAAUUCUUUUGUUUCACUUCAUUAUUUAAAAAAUUUGGGAAAAUUACGAAUACGAUUCUUACGCAAUAAAUUGUUUAAUGCAUACAUAUUAAAGCUAAA